AUGGCGACGCUGCGCGAGGACGUCGCGACGCGGCAGUACUUCGUCACGGGCGAGCUCACGGAGGCCAUCUUCGCGCGCGACUGUCGGUUCGUCGAUCCGACGACGGACGUGCGAGGGCUCGAGCGGUACCUGCGCGCGGUGCGCGCGCUGUUCGACGAGCGACGGUCGAGCGUGCGGUUGAUCGGAGACUUGCGGUUGGUGGACGCGACGACGAUCGAGGGGGAUUACAGGGCGGAGGGAUACCUGAAACUGCCUUGGAAUCCGCGCGUGCCGCCGUACGAGGGACACAUCACGUGGAAGUUGAGACCGAACGACGGGAGCGCGGACGCGGGGCUCAUCGUGGAGCAGAGACAGACGUGGUCGAUCUCGGGAGGGGAGGCGCUGCGAGAGACGUUCACGCCGGGGAGGUGA